UAGUUCUUGCAAGUUAACAGUCAACACCGCUCAUAUUCCUCUGCCAAAAGAAAGAACAAGAAAGGCCUCAGGAUAAUGUGGAGGCUUAAGAUAGGAGAAGGUGGCAAUGACCCAUAUUUAUACAGUACCAAUAAUUACUUGGGGAGACAAACGUGGGAGUUUGAUCCUAAUGCUGGCACGCCUGAAGAGCGAGCUGAGGUUGAAGAAGUUCGUCAGAAUUACUACAACAAUAGGAAACAUGUCCAGCCCAGUUCUGACCUCCUUUGGCAAAUCCAGUUUUUAAGAGAGAAAAACUUCAAGCAAACGAUUCCCCAACCAAAGGUUGAGGAUGGUGAGGAAAUCACAUUUGAAGCUACGACUGCAGCAGUGAGGAGAAGUGUUCACUUUUUUUCAGCUUUACAAUCAAAAGAUGGCCACUGGCCCGCUGAGAAUGCUGGCCCCAUGUUCUAUUUUCCUCCUUUGGUCAUGUCUCUCUAUAUUACAGGACAUCUUCAUACUAUAUUCUUUGCAGAGCAUCGCAAAGAAAUUCUCCGAUACAUUUACUGUCAUCAGAACGAGGAUGGUGGUUGGGGAUUAUACAUAGGGGGUCACAGCACAAUGUUUUGCACAGCUCUCAACUACAUUUGUAUGCGUUUAUUGGGAGAGGGACCUGACGGUGGCCUCAAUAAUGCUUGUGAGAGAAGCCGAAAAUGGAUUCUUGAUCGUGGAGGUGUAACAACCAUACCCUCUUGGGGGAAAACAUGGCUUUCAAUACUUGGUGUUUAUGAAUGGUCAGGCUGCCAUCCAAUACCCCCGGAGUUUUGGCUUUUGCCUUCUUAUUUUCCCAUUCAUCCAGCAAAGAUGUUCUGUUACUGUCGGCUCACUUACAUGCCUAUGUCGUAUUUAUAUGGAAGAAAAUUUGUGGGUCCAAUCACACCUCUCAUUGUACAGUUAAGAGAAGAACUCCACAUUGAACCAUAUAAUGAAAUCAAUUGGAGUAAAAAACGCCAUUUAUGUGCAAAGGAAGAUCUGCACUAUCCCCACACUAUGCUACAAAUAUUUCUUUGGGAUAGUCUCUACAUAUUUACUGAGCCUCUCCUUAAUUGUUGGCCCUUUAAUAAAUUGAGAGAAAAAGCUCUCAAGGUAACAAUGAAUCACAUCCAUUAUGAAGAUGAAAGCAGUCAGUACAUUACCAUUGGAUGUGUGGAAAAGCCCUUAUGUAUGCUUGCUUGUUGGGUUGAAGAUCCAAAUGGAGUUUAUUUUAAGAAGCAUCUUGCUAGGAUUGCGGACUAUGUGUGGGUUGGAGAAGAUGGAAUAAAGAUGCAGAGUUUUGGGAGUCAAGUCUGGGAUGCUAGUCUCACUCUCCAAGCUUUGCUCGCGAGCCAAUUAUUUGAUGAAAUAGGACCUAUACUAAUGAAAGGGCACAACUUCCUGAAGAACUCACAGGUUAGGGAUAAUCCUCCAAGUGACUUUAAAAGAAUGUUUAGACACAUUUCUAAAGGAUCAUGGACUUUUUCUGAUCGAGAUCAUGGAUGGCAAGUAUCAGAUUGUACUGCAGAAAGUUUGAAGUGUUGCCUAUAUUUUGCAAUGAUGCCACCAGAAAUGGUUGGUGAAAAGAUGGAACUAAAGCAAUUUUAUGAUUCUGUCAAUGUUAUACUAUCUUUACAGAGUGAAAAUGGUGGUUUAUCUGCUUGGGAACCAACAGGAGGUGGAUUCUGGUGGGAGUGGCUCAAUCCAGUGGAGUUUCUGGAGGAUUUGGUCAAAGAAUAUGAAUAUGUCGAGUGCACUUCAUCUUCCAUCCAAGCACUAGUUCUUUUCCAGAAAUUAUACCCUGAGCAUAAAAAAAGAGAGAUUGCAAAUUUCAUCAGCAAAGCUGCACAGUUCCUCGAAGAGAUACAGUAUCCUGAGGGUUCAUGGUACGGAAAUUGGGGAAUUUGCUUCAUUUAUGGCACAUGGUUUGGAUUACAAGGUUUAAAGGCUGCUGGCAAAACCUACAAUAAUUGCCUGGCUAUACGUAAAGGAGUUGAUUUCUUGCUUAAAACUCAAAGAGAAGAUGGUGGUUGGGGAGAGAGCUACCUUUCUUGUCCCAAAAGGGUAUAUAUACCUAGUGAAGGAAAUCGAACAAAUUUGGUACAAACUGCACUGGCUUUGAUGGGUUUAAUUAUUGGUGGCCAGGCUGAGAGGGAUCCUACACCCCUUCAUCGAGCUGCAAAAUUGUUGAUAAAUUCUCAAUUGCCAAAUGGUGAUUUUCCCCAACAGGAACUCGCAGGAGUUUUCAUGAGGAACUGUAUGUUACACUACGCAUUGUACAGGAACGUCUUUCCACUGUGGGCUCUAGCUGAGUAUUGCAAGCAUUUUUGGCAAGGUAUUUGAAUCAAAGGGAGGAUUGUAUUCUGCGAUCAAAGUAAAAACAUAAGAAACCAAAGCAAUUGAUUUACAUUACAUUUGUUUCUCUUUUUAAUAAAAACCAAAGUCAAAACUGUGUGGAAUUUAUAUUUUUA